AUUUUUUCAUUCGACGUCGCAGGUGUGUGGUCGAAAACUAAAAUCAAGCAUCAAAUUUAGUUAAAUUCGCCAAUAAUUUCCACAAAAAACAACUUUUAAUCGACUAACUGAUUAAUUUUGAGUUCACACGUACCGCUGUACUGAAAUCUACGUCCGUGUAGGUUCGCACAAAGGCAGUUUAUUGAUUCGUGCCCGACAGAAAAUCUGGCAACCUCCGUGUGUAACACAAAGCUAGCAACAUGUCAGACGUAGAAACUCUCAGCUGAAAAGUCGCGUAUUUCGUGGGCAUUUACUCGGCGUAUUUGACGAUUUUUGUCAAAAAAAAAUCAUUGUAAAAUGAACGGUAACGAUGGUGAGGACAUUUGGCUAAACAGUUGGGAGCAACAAUGCGCUGAUUCGUUGGACCAACAACCCAAUUACGAACAGAAUCUGAUAACCGAAUCUAAUAAUUACCAAACUAGACUAUGGUCUUCCUUUCAAGACUCCGCCACGGCAGUAGCACAACUCUACAGAGACAGAUACUCGGGCGAGCCAGCUGCCAUUUGGUUGCAAUUUCAAACCGCUGCAGGGACAGUGACAUCCUUAUACAGAGAAUCGAGCGAAAGCCUGAGAAGAACGAACGAACUGGCCAAGCAGAGCGGCUACCAGAAAAGGAACAAUGAAAUAUUCAACUGGGCCAAAAGGAAAAGACGAUUGAUAAGAAGAGAAGACUUGCUGGCUUACUUGUCGGGCAAGCACCCGCCGCCUCCGAGCAGGCAGACCCACCACCAUCAUUCGCAUCAUAGGUUGUCGCCGAGACCGCGCAACAUAUCGCCGCCCCCGAACGUGGCGGCGACGGAAAUCAUCGAUCCGAAUCUGCGCACGUUCAGAGAGGCCUUGGUCACGUCGCCGUUGUGCGCCUUUAUAACGGGCGAGAUGGCGCGCCAUACGAAGAGACCGGCCAGCCCAUCGGACGUGACCAUGGGCAGUCCCACCCAGCACAAGCGACCGCGGUAUAUGUGAAAUAGGGAGUAUUGUUGAAACAUUGGAUGCGAACGAUUUGCUGGUUGGCUUUAUUGUCACGAUUUCGAUUGAGGUACUUUAUUUUUGGUCACCUCUGAUUCUUUUUUUUUUUUAAUUUUUAACUGGUUGUUUUUUUAGUAGUUUAUUGUCCUUUUUAUUAACGAGUCUAAUUCAUUUUUAGUCUGUGAUAAAUUUUUAUAUUGAAAUUUAUUGGUUGAUAUCGUUUUGGAUCGGAAUCGUGAUGGGUUGGCCGGCAAUAAAAAGUUUGUACAUAUUUUGAGUAAACUGUUCAUUGUAAAAUAUUAAGGGAAACAAUAAUGUACAUAAAGUUUAAUCCAAUAUUUCGUCAAGCUAUGUCGUAGGUAUAACGAUGAUAAAGACAAUUUUUCGUUGAACCAUGUUCGAGAGUAUAGGAUUUGUAAGUUUAUUUAGAGCAUCUUUUACGUGUCUAUACUAAAAAUAAAUCGAUAGGAAUUGCGCAAAUCAAUAAAUAUGUGUUAUUUUUGCAAUCAAUCUUAAUUUUCGCCAAUUGUAGAGGUUUUUAAGAAACCUCAUGAACCACAUUCAUUUUGUACAAACGUGUUUGUAUGUAAUAAUUUGCCAUGGAAUUUAAAUGCUAAUUUUAACAAACUAAAACACCAAUUUACUUGAAAGAUUCUGUGAUUACUGAUUACAAUAGGAAUAUACAACCUCGUCAUUACUUACUUUUUCUGCUAUAUAGAUUAAUAACGUCAUAAAAAUUAUAUAGUGCCUUAUAAAAUUACUAAUUUAAUUCGAGCACUUGGUUUCUUCAUUGCAGUUUAAUGUAAUUAAUUGGUAUUUUGAGUUAGGAAUGGCGAUUCUUCCCGAAAAAGAUCGUUUCGAACUCAUCGAAUCAAUCUCUUUUUCGAGUUCAUAUUUUCGAUGUAAUCGAAUGGGUAUCGGAAGACACCAAAAGUGAGGCUCUCUGCUGUACUUUUAUUGAACGCGGUUCAACUAAUGAUACAUUUGGUUGCGUUUUGAUUUGUGCUUCACUUUCCAAAGAUGGUGAUUAAAUAGUUCUCUUUAGUUUUCGACCAUAGAUCUGUAACGUUCCGUUCACACCGAGUUGUGGUUCAUAUCGCGGACUUGGCCGGAUUUUGAUUACUAAUUAGGUUUUAGUUGAAAGUUGAAGGAUAACCGAGGAGUCGCGUUUGUCCGUUUUUCGUCCGGUAAUCCAAUCACUUUGAUGUAAAAUCUCAUACUUAAAAUAAAAUUUUGGGUUUCCCCUAUUAGUACGAUUGCAAUCGUUGGAGCUGAUGAAUUAUUAUUAUCUGUGUAUGUAAUUUUUUUUAUUGUGUCGCUCGCUUCAGCCAUUCGGAAACUGUUACUUAUGAAAUCAUUGUUUUUAUUUAAUUUUUAUUGUUGUAUAUUUUGAUAUCGAUAAGAACUAUUUAAUAUUUAUAAGUUAUUGGGCUAAAAUUAAACGAAUAAUUU